UUUGUAGGGAUCGUUGAUGGCAAUUUGAGUACUGUUUUAUUCCAAUUCAGAAUCCAGGUUCUUCUUUUUUGUUUGGUACUAUGGUGACCUCUUUUACCAUUCUAUUGAAUUCACCGUCACCAAUUAAAAUUCUCCAUCUUUCCAUCUUUGUUUCUCAAUGGCAUCUGUUGCAUCCUAUUUUCAGGGGGCGGGACCGAUGGGCUGGGUUAUUGGUUCCAGAUAUUUCUCAUACUCCAACUGAACUUGUUGCCUUUUCUCUUCAUCUGAUGGUUCAAAAUUUUGCUCAAAAGUACAAUUCUUGAAUUGUGAGGCGAAUCGCCAUUGAAUUAUUCAGCAUCCCAUUUGCUUGCAGUUCAUAGUAAUAAUAUUUAUUGUAGCUGGGCUGUAGUGAAGUUCACUGUUCACUUCACUAUUUUUUGAUCUUUUUUAUCCAACUUUUUCUGGGAUUUUAAAGCAUUGAUCAGAAUUCCNUAAUAAACAAGUUUAGAUGGCGACUGAUGAAUCAAGGAGCUCUAUGUGGAGUAGAGAACAAGAUAGGCAAUUUGAGAAAGCGCUGGCAACGUACCCCGAAGAUUGUUCAGAAAGAUGGGAGAAAAUUGCUGCCGACGUUCCUGGAAAAUCCCUGGAAGAGGUUAAACAUCACUAUGAGCUUUUAGUUGAUGAUGUCGACCGGAUUGAGUCGGGCUGUGUACCUCUGCCUAGUUAUAAUUCUUCAGAUGGUUCCACAAACCAUGCGGGUGAUGAAGGAACUAGUAAGAAAGGUGCCAGUUUUUGGCACUUAAAUAGCGAUUCCAAUCAUGGAGGCAAGGCUUUCAGGUCUGAUCACGAGCGCCGCAAAGGGAUUGCUUGGACAGAGGAAGAACACAGGUUGUUUCUUCUUGGUUUGGAUAAAUAUGGAAAAGGCGAUUGGCGAAGCAUUUCCAGGAACUUUGUGGUGACCAGAAAUCCUACACAAGUGGCUAGCCAUGCCCAAAAAUACUUCAUUCGUCUGAACUCCAUGAACAAAGAUAGAAGGCGGUCGAGCAUUCAUGACAUCACUAGUGUCAGCAGUGGAGAAGUUUCAGUGCCACAAGGUCCGUUCACUGAUCAAACAAAUGCUUCUGCCGUGGGAAGUUCAUCUGUGAAAUCAAAGAAACAACCUCCUCAAGUCCCAGCUACAGCUCCUGGAGUUGGGAUGUAUGGAGAACCAACUAUAGGCCACCCAAUAGGAGGACCACUUGUUUCUGCAGUCGGCAUGCCAGUGAAUGUUCCACCAUCGACUCACAUGGCAUAUGGUGUCCAAGCUCCAAUUCCAGGACCCAAACGCCAGACGAAAAUGGGUCCCAUGACUUACCCAAUGCCGCAUACAUCUGCGAAUAGGUGAUGCUAGUAUACAUGCAGAAGUAUCGAACCUAGCUAUUUGUCAGACAGGCUUUUCAGGUUCAUCUAAACUUGAGAAGGAAUAAUAUUUUUCAUUUUUCUUAUCAAGUCUAAAUAAGCCUUAGGGGAAACGGUAUUCAUUUGUAUAGAUAAUUGUCGAGAUUUGGCAGCUUUCGGUUCAGGAGAGCAUUAUGGCUUUAUUUAGUUGAUAGCAAGUUUUACGAGUGUUACAAGUUCAUCUCAUUCAGGAUCAAGUAAUGUUCUUUAUGGUGAAUAUUAUGAACACUUGUUCUCUCCUGACGAUUUUUGGUAGAAUGUAUAUCCAAGGAAACACUCGACCAAUCUUGCAGUGAAAUGCAGAUAAAUUAUCAUAUUUGCUUAUAA